AUGUACUUUGAAAUUGUUGCGGAAACCGAUUUCGACUCCAUCACCCCCGAACAGAGUGCCGCAAUCGGCCGCAAACUAGGGAUACUCAACAUCCUCGCCGAAACAGCCAUACAGACGACGUUGUGGGGCAACAAAUGCUGUCUGCUCCUAUUGUACAACCGCCUGACACACGGAAAGCUCACGAACGACAGCCUCCUUGGACACUACCGCAACACAUGGUUCGCUGUUGCCAUUUACACGGGACUGGCAUAUCUUGCGGUCAUUGUGGCGCUGUAUGGAGGGUGGUGUCGCCCAUUCUCCGACUACAUGGAACUUGAGCCUGGCAAUACCCAGUGUUUGACAUGGACAAACUACAACAUCCUGCAAAUCACGAUGAACCUCUCGACGGAUCUCAUCCUGCUGGCGAUACCCGUCACGCUCAUCAGCAAGCUCAAGAUGAGGAUUGGGAACAUGGGCGUAUUCGUCAUGCUCUGCGCGAUCCUGAUGAAAGUCGCCGUCUUCACCAACUCGACCGACCCCAUCUGGUUCCUGUGGUCCGUUCGCGAGGUCAGCACGGCGAUGCUGGUCGGUAACCUCGUCCUCGGCAUGCCUAUUCUCCGGACCUGGUGGCGGUUCUUCAUACCCGCGGGCGACGGCAGUACGGGAGGAAAGUCGUCGACGGCGGGCACGGGUAGCACGGCCACUUCGGCCGUGACGGGGAAGGCCACAAGGGAUCCGACCGCGUCCGCGGCUUCUGAACCGGGCACGUCGAGGUUGGCGUCGCCGGCGAGGGUGACUAUCAAAAGCGUGUAUACGGAUGCCGAGCUUUAUGGUAAGGACGGCGCGAAGGGUACGAGUCGGAGGUUAUCGGUCGGGCAGGAGAGUGUAUGA